AUGGCACUCUCUGCUUCCGCCGCCAUCGCAAGCCCCAAAUCCCUCUUCCGCGCUCAAGCCCUUCCCUCCAUUUCAAAACCCACUUGCUCGUUUUCUUGCUUCUCCUCUUCGCAACCUCAAUUCGACAGAAAUGCCAAUAGCAACCCCUCUUUGAACUAUGUUCCCAAGCGGAAGAAUCGCAUAGUUGAUGUGGGCAUCGGGCUGCUGUCGGCUUCGAUUCUCGCUCUUUCUCCGAUGGACGCCGACGCCACCAGGAUCGAGUACUACGCCACGGUGGGAGAGCCUAUGUCUCCGAUUCAGAUCUGCCUCACCGAUCCUACCGCACAGCCAGCCCCUGCAGCUCCUUCGCCGCAGUUCUCUCCGCCUUCAGCUCCUCGUACUGGCUCGCCUUCUUAUCCUCAUCCUACUCUCCCCGGACAAAGCAACGACGACCAGUCUGAAAUCCCAAUUCGCCAUCUCCACGCAGCGACGUUUCCAAUCCGAACCGUGCCCAACAGAUCGCCAAUAGCCAGAGUCGGGCUUGAUUUGGGAAUCUGGGGAUUUUCCUUGUCGGUCAGUUGGGACUACGCGUGGAGGGACUUGGGCUCAUGGAGUUGCUCAGAAACUAGAUCUGGAAACCAGAUCGUUGGAUUCACUCACCUGCAGAUGUUGAAUUUCAUGGCGGCAAUCACUGCGAUUUCGGCGCAGUUCCAGAUCGGGUUCUUCUUCCUGGUUUGA